ACAGAAAUGGCCUCAACUGAGGGUAACACUCAGACAUACAAGAUGAUGUCCUUGGACAACGACAUCAACCAGCACUUCCAGGAUGCAAUCGAUGUGAUUCAACAGCAUUCAAGUAAUUCAUAUUAUGAUGCAGAGUGUAUGCAUUAUGAAACUCUGGGUACUCAGCACCCAUCCCUGCAGUGUCAGAUCGCGUGCUGCCUCAUCACACACCCAGCUGAUGUACCAGCACCUUUAUAUGACUGGAAUGACAUGGCUCAGCAGUCCUGGCCUCAGGUCAUUCCUGAUGUCCCCUUGGGUCACUCAGUGCCAAACGAUUCCCCUCAAUUCUACUCCAUCUUACCACCACAGAGGAACAGCAAAGGUCGUAAGAAGCUCAGACUCUAUGAAUACCUCCACGAAGCUCUGAAUGACCCCAGCAUGGGCGACUCCAUCCAGUGGACGGACAGCGGCAGCGGCACCUUCCACUUCAUCUCCAAGAACAAGGAGAAGCUGGCUGAGUGCUGGGGCCAGCGCAAGGGCAACCGCAAGACCAUGACUUAUCAGAAGAUGGCACGAGCCCUGAGAAACUACAGCCGCACCGGUGAGAUCAUCAAAGUGCGCCGCAAACUCACCUACCAGUUCAACCCAGACAUCCUGAACAGGCUCGGCUCUGCGCAGGCGUCCCUGCAGCUGCCCUGCCACCCUGCACAGGAGGAGGUCCACACCCAGCAGCGAAACCAGGCUGAACAGAACUACUUCAGCUCCGCAGCGGCGGACUGGCAGAGCUGGUACGGACACUACCAGCGGCAGGAGGACUACGACCUGGCCUCCAGCUUCACCUCACACAGCACAACCAAACUCUGA